UUGUUUAUAUUGAUAGGAUAGACGGAUUUCCACUGGCUUACAAUAAUAUACGGGUGCUACAGAAAGCUGGAAAGAUGAUUUCUGACCAAACUUGUGUUCAUUUAGACAUCGAGGCUGACUUUAUCAUGUUCAAACCAGUUGUAAGCUGCAAACUGAACGGCAAAGUAAACAAGAUUGCUAAGCGACAUGUUGGAUGUUUGGUACAUGAUCAUUUCAAUGCGUGGAUACCGCAUACAUCUAGUACUGAGAAAGUAGCUGCUGACAUACUGAUGGGUGCUGAAGUUGAGUUCACAGUCCAAGACAUUUCAACAAAUAGAAAUGUGCUAUCCAUCAAGGGAAAGUUUGAAAAGUUUCUCUCGCCUGUUUUACAAAAGAACAACAUAAUCACAAUAAACCCCCUUGCAGUAAAACCAAAGACCCCAAGAAAGAAAAAGAAUGCAGCUAAUACAACUGUUGUAGAUGCAAAUACAUCAGUAGAGGAAUGUGCUACAGCAAGUGAGGGAAAUGACAGUGUAACUACCAAAAAGAAAAAGAAACACCGAAAAGAGGUGACCGAUACUAGUAUGGAUGUGAGUGUAGACUCCCAAAGAGAAAGUGAAAGUAAUAUAACAGCAAAUAGUACAGUAGAUGAAGAACUGCCAAUAAAAGUAAAGAAGAAGCAUAAAAAGGAUAAGAGAAAAUCGGUUGAAGUGAAUGAAACAGUGGUAUGUGGGUCAGGAAACAUAAAUGACAGUAUAGCAUCUGUGACCUCGUGUGAACCUUUGUUUACUAGUACACAAACUGAUGAGGUAAAUAAUAACAAGGAAAAGACGAACAAAAAACAUAAAAAGAAAAAGAAAUCUGAAAAAAUUGCUGAGAUGGAUGAAAGUAAAGUCAGUGAAAAUUCAUUUGAGACUACUGGUGCUAGAGAAAGUGCCUCUGAAGAGUUAGUGCAAGAUAGUGCUUCGGUACAGGCGACAGCAAAAAGAAGGAAAAGACGUCAUGAAGACAACAAGUUUACAAACUUAAAGGAAAGUAUACAUAAUGAUUCCGACCUGGCUGUGCCAAGUCCUGUUAAAAAGCUCAAGAAACACAAGAAACUUGUAAUAGACUUUGACUUUGAUAGUUCUGCAGACUUUGAAGACAGCUGUAAGAUAGGAAAGAAAGAAAAGAAAAAGAAGAAACACUGAAGAAAGAUUGAUUUAUCAUGGAUUACCUUAUAAUUCCUUGAAAAAAAUGAGCUUUUAAUUUUUGAAACGUUAACGAGGAAUGAGUUGGCCGAUGAAUAUUUUCAGCUUGUUAAUAGAUUAAAUAAUUACUACCUGUUUAAGCAUUCUUAAAAUAAUUUACAUAAUUUGAUUUCUCCAAAAACGUUUAAUGAAACAUUCCAUGGUAUGAAAUGUCUGUUUUAAUCUUGCAUUUUAUGUAUAUAUCUCAGCAUGCCAUAGAAUUGGGUGUAAGUGUGAAAAUUAUAUUACACUGUACUUAGCACUUUAACGACUCACUACUUUUUGAUGUUCUGCCAAAAAAUAUUUGUGAGCAUUUGAAAUAAAUGGUAUAAAUAGUAAUAUUUUUGAUAACAAAAUAAAUAACAAGCUCUUGCGUAUUAAUUUCUAAUUUUGAAUUCUAAAAUAAUGUAUUUAGUGCUUUUUCAGUUUGCAAUGUAUUUGAUGUGAUAUGUGGGGUUAAUAAUGAUUAAAAUCUCUUCUGUA